GCACUGUAUGUUUCUCCGCGACCAGAACAUGAAAAGGCGAAAUACAUGCUGCAACUGCGAAGCCAAUCGCAAGGCCAGGCACAGGCGCCGUCAUCCCAGACUCAGCCCACCGAUUCAUCAACGCCCACAACACCUCUUACUACUAGUCCUACAACACCAGGGGCAGCAAGCGCACGGUCACGACCCAUCCCGUUGUGGGCCCGUCUCGUACUUUUUCUCUGUUGUGCAUCUCCCCCACAUGCCGAUGGUCAUUAAUACUUCAGCAUGUGAACACCUAUUUUUCAUCUUUGCUUCUGCGGGAUCGCUGGACGGAGCCUGACAAUGUGUCUAGUCCGUUACAAUACUCAACGAAUAGGCUGGCAAGAGCAUUCUUAGUCCUAGUCCAGAAUUUUACCAACCUUCAAUUUGACUGGGCCACCGUUUUGGCUUGUGUCUUCCUGAACCCUCCUGGCACAAGACAGUCAACAGUGCCCGUCCUGAUGACGACCCUCGAGUCUUGGACUGAAGAGUAAAAUAAAAUUAUUG